AUGGGAAGGACACCUUGUUGUGAAAAGAUGGGCUUGAAGAAAGGUCCAUGGACAGCUGAAGAGGAUGAGGUUCUAGUCAAUUAUAUAAAGAAGAAUGGUGGUCAUGGAAGCUGGCGUUCUCUUCCCAAGUUAGCAGGUCUUCUUCGAUGUGGUAAGAGUUGCAGGCUAAGGUGGACGAACUACCUCAGACCUGAUAUUAAACGUGGCCCUUUUACUCUUGAGGAAGAAAAACUAGUCAUACAGCUUCAUGGCAUGCUUGGAAAUAGAUGGGCUGCUAUAGCCUCUCAGCUACCAGGAAGAACAGACAAUGAGAUCAAGAAUUUAUGGAACACACACUUGAAGAAACGUCUAAUAUGCAUGGGACUUGACCCCCAAACCCAUGAGCCAGUGUCCUCUUCACAUUAUCCAAUAGACAAGGCACAUGCAUCUAUAUCCACACGCCACAUGGCUCAGUGGGAGAGUGCAAGACUUGAAGCAGAAGCAAGACUCUCAAGGGAGUCAUCAUUGUUCAACAAUCCUUCCCUUUUUGCUAACAAAACUACUGAUUCUGACUAUUUCCUACGCAUAUGGAACUCUGAAGUUGGAGAAUCUUUUCGUAGUGUUCACAAAUCAGAUGACAAAACUAAAAGCUGCCAAAGUCCCAUUUCUCCAAGAUCAUCAUCUUCCAACAUGUGUGGUUCAUUUUUUGCCAUUUCAAAAGAUUUGGCUUCCAACACAGUUGGAUCCUCAACCCCAGCAAGUAAUGUGAUAAUAGAAGAUUUGGAGUGGAGAAACUCCCAGUCAUUUGAUGCAGGUGUGAUUCAUGGCUCUGAUUCAUCAAGCUCUAAUGACCUAGAAGACUCAUCUGACACUGCAUUACAGCUCUUGUUAGAUUUUCCUAUGAACAAUGACAUGAGCUUCUUAGAAUAA